UACCAAUGUAUGGUCAUAUUUUAUAUUAUACAUUUGUUCAUUAUGUCUUUUUAUUUAUUUGAAAACUUUGGUUCUCACAUACGCAGUCAACUUUCAGGUCUGUGCCUGAUCCUGUGCGAUGAUGGCAAUAUUUCCGACAGCAAGGGAACGCAGCACAGUUUAACAAGGCCGAGUGCCUGAAAGUCAUUUGUUUUCCCCUGAAUCGGCCUGACUGGAUUGGACGGCCGGGGGUUCCGCCCACAAACACACAAGGUGGAGUUGAAAAGAAACAACAUGCUGGGCCAAAAUGAAGCUGUCAAACAGCCUCUUAGUAUUUGCUAAAAGAGGAAUCGAGCAAUGUGAAAAUGCAUGGAGGCUGCUUUGAAGACCUUUAGGACACUUCUGUCUGAAGUGGAAAUCUGACAUUGAUGAGAGAAAAUUAGUGGGUAAACUUUUAAAAAUAAAUGUUAAUAAUAUUAAGUUAAAUGUAAGAUGAGCUGGUUGCACUUUAAUAAGACAACCAUUAGCGCAACUUUAAUGCAACUGAUCAAACAUUCGUGGUGCAAACUUCGGCUGCAGAUCAGACAUGACCGGCCUACGGGAGUAAAAAAUAAUCGCCCUUGGUUGGGUUCAGAAACAACGGUGCGAGGUCGGAAAAAAUGGAUGUCUCCGCGUAGCGAAAUGGUUGGAUGGAGAGAGAGGAGCUGCUGCGCGUUGAGUGGAGGGAGACGGCGAGUGAGAUGGAGGCGGGGGGGAAGGACCAUCUCUGCGGGGACUGGAGCCCAGGACCGACGGCGCAGUGCUGGCUAUCGUUCAACCCUCCCCUUCUUCCUCCACAACGACACCGAGGCUCGAGCCGAGAGACAGAUACAAAACAGCACACCCUCAAAUGAAUGGAGAAAUGGAGGCAACUACCCAAGACAAAGGUGGGAUUUUAACAAUGUGGGCACAGGAGGACCUCUUAAAACUGCUGGAGGCAAUGAAAGUGGCCCUGCCACAAAAGGACCUCACUAAAUAUAAAACAUCAGAGUCCCACCUGGACUGGCAGAAGGUGGCUUUCAAUUCCUUCACAGCAGAGAUGUGUAAGCAGAAGUGGCAGGAGGUUUCAAAAGAGAUUCGUAAAUUUCGGACUCUAACAGAGCUGAUAUUUGAUGCCCAAGACUACAUCAAGAACCCUUACAAGGGCAAAAAAAUAAAGAAACACCCAGAUUUCCCCAAGAAGCCUUUGACUCCAUACUUUCGCUUCUUCAUGGAAAAGAGGGCCAAAUACGCAAAGUUGCACCCUGAGAUGAGCAACUUAGACCUAACGAAAAUCCUCUCCAAGAAAUACAGGGAGCUUCCUGACAAAAAGAAGAAAAAGUAUGUUGACGACUUCCUAAGAGACAAAGAAGCAUUUGUACACAGCAUGAUGAGGUUCAGAGAACAACACCCAGAUCUUAUGGAGAGCAUGACCAAGAAAGGUUCAAAUGCACCAGAGAAGCCCAAGACGCCCCAGCAGCUGUGGUAUAACCAUGAAAAGAAGGCCUUUCUCAAGACACACCCUGACGCGACCACCAAAGACAUUAAGGACAGUCUUGGCAAACAGUGGACACAGCUGUCUGACAAGAAGAGACUCAAAUGGAUCGCCAAGUCCCUUGAGCAGCAGAAACUGUACGAGGGGACGAUGAGGGAGUACAUCCAGCAGCACCCAGAGCUGAACAUGACCAAUGAGGAUAUCGUCAAGUCCACUCUGACCAAGGCCGAGAGGCACCUCAAAGACAAAUCUGAUGGCCGCCCCGACAAACCACCUCCAAAUGGUUACUCAAUGUUCUGUGCGGAGCUGAUGUCGAGCAUGAAGGAUGUACCCAGCACAGAGCGUAUGGUGAUGUGUAGCCAGCGGUGGAAGCUGCUGAAACAGAAUGAGAAGGACGCCUACCAGAAACGCUGUGAACAGAGGAAGAAGGAGUAUGAAAUUGAAAUGAACCGAUUUCUCAGUAGUUUGUCAGAGGAGGAGCAGACUCGGGUUUUGUCUGAGGAGAAGAUAGGUUUUAAAAAGGGUGGAGCCAGUAGUCCUGCCGCCAAAAAGAAGGCCUCAAAAGCAAAGGCCAAUCCAGAGAAACCCAAAAGACCAAUUUCAGCCAUGUUCAUCUUCUCCGAGGAGAAGCGCCAGAAACUGCAACAGGAGCGGCCGGACCUUUCUGACAGUGAGCUCACGAGGCUCCUGGCUCGCAUGUGGAAUGAGCUGCCAGACAAGAAGAAGGAGAAGUAUAAACGUCUAGAAACAGUCCUGAAGGCAGAGUCAGAGAAGAAGGAGAAGGAGGAUCGCAGUCGUCUGCCGGACCCACCUAAGACUGCCCAGGACAUCUGGCAGCAGAGCGUCAUAGGAGACUACCUGGCCAGAUUUAAGAGUGACCGGCCCAAGGCACAGAAAGCAAUGGAAGCCACCUGGAGCACCAUGGAGAAGAAAGAGAAAAUAAUGUGGAUCAAAAAGGCAGCAGAGGACCAGAAACGAUAUGAGAGAGACCUGUGCGAGAUGCGCUCACCCGCUGCCGCCAUUGCCUCAGGGAAGAAGAUGAAGUUUGAGGGUGAACCCAAGAAACCACCAUCAAACGGAUAUCAGAAGUUCUCUCAGGAGAUGCUGUCCAACGGAGAGCUGAAUCACCUCCCGAUGAAGGAGCGGAUGACUGAGAUCGGCAGCCGUUGGCAGAGGUUACCACUGAAGGAGAAAGACCGCUACAAGAAGAUCGCGGAGGAGAAGCAGAGACAGUAUAAAGUCCAACUGGAGCAGUGGCUCGCUAGCUUGUCCUCGCAAGAGAGAAACACUUACAAAGAAUAUAACUCACAAAAAAGAAGAACUACAGCAAAACCAGGAGGCCCCAAGGCGAAGGCCAAGAAAUCUGACACAGAGGAAGAGGAGGACGAGGACGAGGACGAGGAUGAAGAUGAUGACGAACGGGGGAAGGCUUCCUCUGAGGCAGACUCGUCCAGCGAGGAUGAGGAGGAUGACGAUGAUGACAAGGAGGAUGAUGACGAUGAUGACGAUGAUGAAGACGACGACGAUGACGAUGACGAUGAGGCGGAAGACAAGGAGAACAAGUCGGAGGACAGCAGCAGCGAUUCAAAUUCACAGGGGUCGUCGGACUCGGAUUCGGACUGAAAUGGGUCGACGUCUCCGUGAGAUGAACUGAGCAGCGCUGAGCUGAGCCAAGAGUCAAGGGAGCUCUGCCACUGUGCCAACCCUGCUCUCCUCCCACCACCAGAGGGAGCCCCUGCAUCACCUCAUCCACUUGACACUCACCCACUUUUAUGUUGCUGCGUUGGUGGUCUACUCAUGGAGGCACCCUGCCCGUAUGUCCAAAAUCAGUUCCAUUCCCUCCCAGGUGUGACGGUCAUCUCACAGCACAGGCCGCUGAUGUUAUGCCAAAAACAGCAUCCCACUGGUUUGGUGAUGUCAUGAACAUUUCUGAUGUGGUUUCAAUCUUGACGUACAGGUUCAGUGGUUUAAAGGUUAGAGUUUUAAUGUCGAGGGUAUUCAAUUACCCUUCAAUGUUUCUGUUGUCAUUCUGGUAAUUAGUUAAAGGUGGCAUGAGUUGUGAACAGGCUUCAUAGAGCCAAAGAACAUAGUAUGGCGGAUCACUUUAGGGAGCGAGGGGGGGGAGGGGGGUGUGCAGGGUACUGAAAAUUGCACUCUUCAGAAUGUUUCCUUUAAUUUUUUUUCUUCCCAGUUCAUUGUUGCAUUUGUUCUCUAUUCUCAAUUUAUGAUGUAGAUUUUUAUCAUUUUGGUUCUUAAAGAGGUGGUAUUUUUUCAGGAAAAAAAUCAAGCCAUUAUGAAUGUCUUUGUUGCUGGAAAAUUUCAGUACUUGUUACUAACCCAUGUUCUCAUUGAUAAAGGUAACAGUGCCUGUAUUAAGUGUUCACCCCCUCUUGGACUUCAUGUUUUUUUGUUUUACAGCAAGUGGAUGAUUUGUUACUCAGUGGUGUAAAAUGACUCCUUAUUCGGCAAUAUUUAAGGAGAAUUCACACACAGGAUUUUCCAGUAAUGUUACAAGAAAAACAAAUCUCUGCAGAUGUAUCUAAAUUACGUGCAAGUCUAAAAAAAAUUGAUUACGUAAGUAUUCACCUCUAAAUGGUUAGUAGACUCAUCUUUGGCAGCAGUUACACCCUGGAGUCUGUGGAUCAGUCUUUGCACAUGUGGACGCUGCAUUUUCAUCUCAUUUCUUUUUGCAAAACUGGCCCUAUUCUUUACAUUAUACACAUAUCUUUACAUUACAUUCUUUACAUUUUUAUUUUUACUUAUUGUCCAACUGCUAUUCUUAAGUGACCUCCAUUUAACCUGUCAAAACUUUUGUAAUCACUUAAUUUAUGUUUUAAAGGGACUUAAUUUAGAUCAGUUUGUGAAGGUUUGUUGUGUUGAUGAGGGUCAGAAAAGCCUACUUGCAUCCACUCUGCCUCAGAGAUGUAAAAGAUAUAAGAUCCAGUGGUGGUGAAUACUUUGUAUAGACGCUGUUGUAUCCAUCGCCAUGUGUCUGUCAUUCAAAUAUGUCAUGUAUCAAACUUAACUGACGUGUUGUUCUCAUUAAUCCAUCAGUCUGGAACAAUUCUGUUUGACUCGGUUAAUUCUGGCCCGACAGUAACACACAGUGUUUACUGUGACCGGAGCAGUUUGUCGUUGGAGGGAGAACACUUGUUGUCCUCAUGUAGAGCUCAGUCUGACUGUGUUUUUAAAGAAUGCGUCACACAGUCGGUGUAUGUGUCUCCUCCUGAACUGUCGUUUUACGUUUACGGUUUAUUUGAGUCGUUAAAAAUGUUUGUUUUUAUUGUUGUGUUCUGAUCCAUCUGGAAUCAUUUUGUGGCUGUCGAACUGAAGGGUUUUCAUAAAAAAAAGAAAAAUAGUUUUGAAUUUUUAUUGGUAUUGACUGUAAUCCAUACGGGUUUCAGUCUAAUGCUUAAUCCCAAAAAAAAAAAAAGCGUGCACUUAAUGUAAAUCUGUCCCUCUGUGUGAGUUUGUGUGCAUGCCUGCACAGAACUGUGUAUAUAUGAGGGUGUGAGUGUGUGUGUUUCUUUGCUUUAAUGUGUGCUGUUUUUACUGUUUCUGUUGCAUACCAUGAUGUGACUGCAGCGUGCAUGUUUGUGCCUGUGUGGGGACGUCAUACCAACACCAUGAAUGUAGAUAUUGUUAAAUCUUUUAAUUUUUUUUUUUUUUUUCCUCCAAAGGUCUUCAGUAAUUUUUCUGCUCGGCGCUGUCGUGUCAUUGGUUACCUGAAAACAGACUAAUGACUGUCGUUUUGGGUCCACAGACAGAUGAGUACAUGGCAACUUAAUAAUCUGUUAGUAAUGGACUGAUUUUGACCAUUAUGAAUCUCAUCACUGUCUGAAACAAAAACCAGCGUGGACUAUUUAAAUAAUUCGGGGAGGGGAAAAGGAAAAGCAAUUGCUGAUGUUGAUCAACAGGAGUUUGUAAAAGGGAUUUGGGGAACUGAGUUGCCAGGGGAACUGGGGUUAAAAAAAAACUGUUGUAAUUUUCCCUGUAAAUACUGUUUUUGUAUCGAGUGCUUAUCGUUUUUUGUUAGUGCUUUAAUUUGGCAAACCCUCAUCUGUGAUUUCUGAGGCCAGUGAGUUUUUCACUCACGCAGGGAGAGUUUUUGGUUUCAUUCACCUGUUUUAGUUGUAUCUUCUCUCCCUUCUGUUGGUUUAUAGAGAUAUCUAAGACAGCAAAGCUUUACAAGUUUGUACUGCUGAUCAUUUGACAAAAUUUGAUGUUUUCUAUAGCUGAGGGUGUUCUUAUGUCCUUGUAGUUCAAGUAUUUGGGCAAAUUAAAAAAAAAAAGAUCUUUAACAGAA